ACGAAAUUUGUAGUUUACUCUCAUCUCUACUCUCGUCGUUUCUUGCUCAUCGUAUUGAAACAGAGCCUUGGAGUACACAGAAAUUUAUAGAGGCGUGUUCCUGUUGAUGUGCCACAAAUCAUUUUUUUCAAAAAUCGAUUGAAGUAUAAACCCUAAACGGUUCACGAGAUAAAAUGGCAUCUGUUCUACGCCCUCCAUCCACAAUGUCAUCCUUAAUUCUUCCAAAACUCCACUCUCCAAACCUUAAAUUUCACAAACCCACAAACCACAAAUUCACCUUCCCUCAUUUACUCACAAAACACCGCACAAUUUUCUGCACAAACACAAACGCAAACGCGACCCCAUGGGACCCACCCCCAGUCACAUUCGCCUCACAAGACGAGUUUCUACCGGGCCCCACUAACUUAUUCGAAACCGUUGACUCAAGUCAAACCAAAACCACCGAACCCAUAAAAACAAACACAAAAAACUCAUACAUUAGAUGGCCGAUGUGGAUCGUGGGCCCCACAAUUCUUCUAGCCACGGGAAUCAUCCCAACUCUUUGGUUACCAAUUUCAUCAAUCUUUUUAGGCCCAAAUAUCGCGACUCUUUUAGCCCUAACUGGGCUCGACUGCAUCUUCAACCUCGGUGCAACCCUUUUCCUUCUAAUGGCCGACGCCUGCUCACGGCCCACGGGUCAAGACGCGGACCCGGGGCUUAGCCGGGCCCCACUCGGCUACCGGUUUUGGAACAUGGUUGCAACCGUAUCCGGUUUCGUCGUUCCACUAUCCGUUUUCAUCUUUUCCCAAAAGGGAAUUUUAGAACCGCAAAUUCCUUCGAUUUCGUUCGCGAUUGUUUUGGGGCCGUAUCUUUUGCUUCUUGCGGUGCAAAUGCUGACGGAGAUGCUUACGUGGCAUUGGGAAUCGCCAGUGUGGCUUGUGACUCCGAUAGUGUAUGAAGGGUAUAGGGUUUUGCAGUUGAUGAGAGGGUUGAAGCUUGGAGGUGAGAUUGGUGCACCCGGGUGGACGGUUGAUAUGGUUAGGGUUUUGGUUUGUUGGUGGGUGUUGGUUCUUGGGGUGCAAAUCAUGCGUGUGGCGUGGUAUGCGGGGUUUACAGCGCACCUUCGUAAAGAUGAGUCAUCGAAGGGUAUCGAUGUGGAUGCGGAAAGUUCUUCGUGAAAUUAUCGAAAGUUUUAUAUUUUUUGCUAUAUGGUUUUUGACUUUUGUGUAUAAAAUUAUUGAAAUCCAACAAUAAGUUAUAGAUUUUAGUAGAAUAUGCAACUUUAUCAAAAGAAAAGUGUUACGUGAAGGAAUAGCAAUGCACUUUUAUUUAUUUGUGUAAUACAUAUUGUUGUCGUA